AUGGGUUUUCAAUGUAUUCUUGGAAACAAUUGUACGAAAGAUACUACGGUUUGGACGAUACCAGGUGUAGUCUUGACUUGCACUUAUUAUGAAAGUAUACUUACAUCCGAUCUACGAUGCUUCUAUGAUCAAGCAUGUUUCGACACUGUUCUUUCAAUGUACAAUGUUGACAUGCCAGAUAGACUUCCUUUGCCUUCAUUUGUACGUUAUCUACCUAUACUCAACAAAUUAGCUCCAUCACGCUUUUCACCAACCGAUAGUCUUCAUACAUUAUAUAAUAACCUUAUGGUAGAAGAAUGGAAUAUUACAGGUAAUUUUGAUGGGUACUAUAAAGCAUGCGCGCCAGUAUGUUCGAGUCCAUUUAUCACUCCAAUAUGGACAACAUCAUUGUAUGGUUAUGGUAAGGAUGUCAAAGUGUAUCGAGAAUUCGAUCGACCUUUUCUCAGCAGACAAUAUCAAAUAUUGGGCAUGCUUUGUGACAUGUCACAAUCGGUUGUCUAUAAUACUCUAUCGAAUUUUAAUAACACAUUAUUAGUAACAGCUUUAGUACUAUCUCGAGCAUCUUUCGAAUCACAAAUUGAAGUUAUUCUCCAUCAAUUAAUCGAUACGGUACCAUUACAAUUUCAGCGAACUAUCACUUUCGCAAUGGAACUCAUUCAAAGUAAUUUAAUUCCGACCUCUUUCAAUACGGAUUGGUUUAUUGAAUAUGGAAAUGCGUCAAAUGACUAUCUUUUGCGAUUUAUACCGCGAUUAUAUAAUAAUGAUACAUGUAAUUGUGUUGUUUCAUCAACUUGUCAAGAACCUUUACAGAUAGGUCCUCCUAAUCUUAUUUUACCUGGUCUUGUUAUUGGCUGCUCACCCAUGAAUGCUUUACGUAUUUCAACACUUGAAUGCAUGUUUUCAAUGAAUUGUGUCAAUAGAAUCCUCAGUUAUCUUAACUACUAUACAGAGUUAGAUGGAUCACUACCCUCGAAUUUCACUCCAUCUACAACAUUACCUUUUAUUAUUCAUCCGCUUAAUCAAUCGAUUCCAUCACGUUUUCUACCGACUGCACCGAUUGGUACACUAAUUGAUGAACUGUUUAUUGAAGAUUGGCAAAAUAUUAGUUUAUAUGAAAAUUAUUUUGCUGCUUGUCAACCUACUAUGUGCCAAUACAAGUAUAUUCAACGCAAUAAUAUAUUGCUUGUGGUUACAUCUUUACUUGGUUUGUAUGGUGGACUCACGGUUAGCUUACGAUUCCUAGUAUGGUACGGGAUCUGUCUAUAUCGAUGGAUAAAAUUUUCUAAUCAUGUUCAUUCUGAAACAGCUGUACCACGUAUAAAUACAGUCUAA